CCUACCUUUGGCGCCAAAGGUCUAGGUCACGUGGGCCGCCGAGAGGAGCGCUCAGCCCCCGGCGUCCUGCAGGGUAAACGUGACGGGCAGGGCGAGGGGCAGGGCUGCAGCGCUUCUCGCCUCCUGGGCCACCGCUGCGCGGACCGACGGGCUCGGGACUGGAGAGAAUGGUUGGUACCAUGUGGAAGGCGACUGUUUUGGUGGCUGUAUUCGUGUUCAGCCCUGGUGGUGAUGGGCUCUUUCACUCCUUAUACAAAAAAGCUCGGGUUUCUGUACCACAUAAGGGAGACGUAGGAGAGCCAUUAUUUCUUACUCCCUACAUUGAAGCUGGGAAAUUCGAAGAAGGAAAAAGAAAGAGUAUGGUCCCUCCUUUCCCAGGAUCGAAUGUGGAGAGUUAUGCUGGCUACCUCACCGUGAAUGAGACCUACAACAGCAACCUUUUCUUCUGGUUCUUCCCGGCUCAGGUAGACCCCACGGUUGCUCCAGUGGCCCUCUGGCUGCAGGGAGGGCCCGGAGGUUCAUCCAUGUUUGGACUCUUUGUGGAACACGGACCUUAUUUUGUCACAAGUAACAUGACCCUGCGUCCCAGAGACUUUGCUUGGACCACCACACUUUCCAUGCUUUACAUUGAUAAUCCAGUGGGCACAGGCUUCAGUUUUACUGACGACCCCCGGGGAUAUGCAGUCAAUGAGGAUGAUGUGGCACAGAAUUUAUACAGUGCAUUAGUUCAGUUUUUCCUGUUGUUUCCUGAAUAUAAAGAAAAUGACUUUUAUGCCACUGGGGAGUCGUACGCAGGGAAGUACAUACCAGCCCUUGCACACUAUAUCCACACCUUCGGCCCCAUGAUGACAACGAAGAUCAACCUUAAAGGAAUUGCUCUUGGAGAUGCGUAUUUUGAUCCUGAAUCAAUCAUCGGGGGCUACGCCGCAUUCCUGUACCAAGUUGGCUUGCUGGAUGAGAAGCAGAGAAAGUACUUCCAGAAGCAGUGUGAGGACUGUGUGAAAUACAUCCGGGAGAAGAGGUGGCGUCAAGCCUCUGAAGUACUGGAUAAACUACUAGACGGUGACUUAACAAACAACCCUUCUUACUUCCAGAAUAUCACAGGAUGUCCUAGUUACUACAGCAUAUUACAGUGCAAGGAACCUGAGGACCAAAAUUACUACGGGAAAUUUUUGUCCCUCCCACAAGUGAGGCAAGCCAUCCAUGUGGGAAACCGGACCUUUAGUGAUGGAUCCGAAGUUGAAAAGUACAUGCGAGAAGAUACAGUAAAGUCCGUUAAGCUCUGGUUAGCUGAACUCAUGAACAAUUACAAGGUUCUGAUCUACAAUGGCCAACUGGACAUCAUUGUGGCAGCUUCCCUGACUGAGCGCUCUCUGAUGGCCAUGAAGUGGAAGGGGUCCCAGAAAUACAAGCAGGCAGAAAGAAAAGUUUGGAAGGUCUUUAAAUCCGAUAACGAAGUGGCUGGUUAUGUGCGGCAGGUGGAUGACUUCUAUCAGGUAAUUGUUCGAGGUGGAGGACACAUUUUACCCUAUGACCAGCCUCUGAGAUCUUUUGACAUGAUUAAUCGAUUCAUUUUUGAGAGAGGAUGGGAUCCUUAUUGACGGAUAAACUGCUUUCCUAAAAGAAAGAACAUCGAGGGGUUUUAAUCUUUGAGAAGAAAAUUUCCAAAAUGGAAACUGUCCUAUAAAUAAGAAAAUUAUCUUUUUAUAUCUUUAAAAUGUUUCCCAUCAAUAAAAAUUUAUCCUUGAAACAA